AUGUUUCGGCAACGCUUUGCAAUUCCCUUGGUCAAUAAGGAUGUCACAACCUACAAUCCCAACCGGCCCCCACCAACGCUUGGGUUACGACAAGGAGCUGUAUUCAUUGCAAAAGCACUACAUGAUCCCAGUGGUGAAUUUGCUAUUGUACUUUACGAUCCUACUGUGGAUGAAAAGCCAAAAAGCAUUGAACAAGCUAAAGUUGAUGGUGUAGAAGAAGCGCCAAAAGUUGAUGCACCUAUAGUGCACAAAAGCUUGGCUGAAAUUUUAGGCAUCAAAAAAACCAUAGAGGGUGAACGACCAAAAGUCCCAGUUGUCAUUGACCCUAAGCUUUCCAAAGUCUUGAGGCCUCAUCAAAUCGAAGGAGUAAAGUUUAUGUAUAGAUGUGUUACGGGAAUGAUCGAGGAAAACGCAAAUGGUUGUAUUAUGGCCGAUGAGAUGGGUCUCGGAAAAACUUUACAGUGUAUUACACUCAUGUGGACGCUAUUAAAACAAUCUACAGACGCUGGUAAGCCAACUAUACAAAAGGCUAUCAUUGCCUGUCCUUCUAGUCUAGUUAAAAAUUGGGCCAAUGAACUUGUAAAGUGGCUUGGACCCGACGCCAUCCAGCCAUUUGCAAUUGAUGGAAAAGCCAAAAAAGAGGAAUUACAGCAGCAGUUACGACAAUGGGCUAUUGCUGAGGUGUCGUAUGAAACAUUACGACUCAAUGUAGACGGACUUAAAAACACUAAAAUUGGCCUUAUGCUUUGUGAUGAAGGCCAUCGCCUUAAAAAUGGUGAUAGUCAAACAUUUACAGCGCUAAAUAAUCUUAACGUAUCGCGGCGGGUUAUUCUAUCCGGCACUCCAAUUCAGAAUGAUCUGACUGAGUAUUUCUCAUUGAUAAGCUUUGCCAAUCCAGGCUUACUUGGAACACGAAUGGAAUUCAGAAAGAAGUAUGAGCUCCCUAUUUUAAAAGGACGAGAUGCUGCUGGAAGUGAAAAGGAUCGAGAAAAAGGAGAUGCUGCUGUUAAAGAGCUACUUGAAGUAGUUAAUAAGUUUAUCAUCAGACGAACCAACGACAUCCUUUCCAAGUACCUUCCAGUCAAAUACGAACAUGUUGUAUUUUGUAAUUUGGCACCAUUUCAACUCGACCUAUACAACCUCUUCAUUACAAGUCCCGAAAUUCAGGCGCUACUUCGAGGCAAGGGUAGUCAGCCCCUCAAAGCAAUAGGUAUGCUUAAGAAGCUCUGCAACCAUCCAGAUCUCCUCAAACUUCCUGAUGACUUGCCUGGAAGCCAAAAUCUAUGGCCAGAAGACUACGUUCCAAAAGACUCACGCGGUCGAGAUAGAGAAUUUAAAGCUCACUACUCGGGCAAAAUGCAAGUUCUCGAUCGAAUGUUAGCUAGAAUUCGGCAAGAUACAAACGACAAAAUAGUUUUAAUCAGUAAUUACACCCAGACUUUGGACAUGUUUGAUCGGCUUUGUCGCGAACGUGGAUAUGGAAGCCUUCGACUUGAUGGCACCAUGAACGUGACGAAGCGACAAAAACUUGUCGACAAGUUCAAUGAUCCAAACGGCUUAGAGUUUGUAUUUCUACUUAGUAGCAAGGCUGGUGGCUGUGGUCUCAACUUGAUUGGUGCGAAUCGGCUUGUCCUCUUUGACCCCGACUGGAACCCGGCAGCUGAUCAACAGGCGCUUGCGCGCGUGUGGCGUGACGGUCAGAAGAAAGACUGCUUUGUCUAUCGCUUUAUCGCAACGGGUACUAUUGAGGAGAAAAUCUUCCAGCGGCAGUCUCACAAGCAGUCUCUCUCUUCAUGCGUUGUGGACUCUGCCGAAGACGUCGAACGUCACUUCACCCUUGACAGCCUGCGAGAGCUCUUUCAGUAUCGUGGGGGAACAACCAGUGAUACUCAUGAAACUUUCAAGUGUAAGCGCUGUAAACCAGAUGGUCGACAGUACAUCAAAGCACCAGCCAUGAUGUAUGGUGAUACAAGCACGUGGAAUCACUUUGUCAAUGCUGGCUUGAAAAGUAUCCAGGACCUUUUAUUACGACAGGAGGUGGAUGAGCCAGAAGUAUCUGCUGUUUUUCAGUAUAUUUCGCAUUAG